AUGACGAUCAGCACCUGGCCGGAUGUGGCAAUCCUGGUGAUGACCGGCGGGGGUGAUCAACAACGGCUCAGUCAGUCAUCACGAGUCAUCGCCGUGACCUACAGCACUCACCCAACAACGAGCCUGCAGGUCCUGCAUUCACCGCACCGGAAUAAGCUUCGCGGGCUACAGCGUUAUUGUCCACCAAAGAACUGCGGCGUCGCCUCGAUCCGGCGCAUUCAGGUGCCACCUGUACUUCCCCCACCACGUCAUCGACCCGAACACCCUUUGAAACCGGCAUCUUUCUGCACCGCACCUGAUCCCUGUCGGCCCUUGGCAUCAUUCUCUGCCUUAUCCGUCAUCCAUCGCCAGAUUGAUCAAAGCCGGCAAUUUGGCUGCCCCUCGGGCACAUAUUACAGAAAUGGCCGCUGCUACACGCGCAAUCGCAGCAGCUGGUACUACUGGGGUCGCUGGGUUCUCGCCGGCGUUCUCGUCGUAGUCUUCCUCCUCAUCCUCUGCGCCCUUGGCUGCUUCAGCUCCCGCAAGCGCAGAAGAAAGGGCAACACCCCCAUGUACGGCACUGGCUGGAUGACCAACAACCGCUGGGGCGCCAACCAGCACCAGAACAACCAGCACGCCUACAACCAGCAAGGCUACAACCAACAGCAGUACGGUCAGCAGCAGUACGGCUACGGUCAGCAGGGCUACAACGCGCCGCCAGCGUACGGCCAGCAGCCCCAGCACACGGGCACGACCUUUAACCAGAACGACGGCUACUACGGCAAUCACGACAACAUUCAGCUGCAGCAGCCCCAGCAGACGUACAACCGUGGCGUCGAUGAUUUUGCGCCGCCUUCUGGGCCGCCUCCCAAGGCGUGA